AUGGUAUGCAGCCUGGACAUCCAGAGCAUGGCCACUGGUCUGUGGCUGGUGUCCUCAAACAUGCUGGUAUCCAGGAUGAAGAGAGAAGAGAGUGAGACCCUGGCCAGUGAGGUGGAGGAGAUGAGUGGAAGAGCUUCUCCUCCUCUGUCCCCAGCCGAUGUGACCUUGGACCCAGACACUGCCAACCCCUUCCUCAUCCUGACUGGUGACCAGAGGGGCGUGGGACGGGGGGACGAGUGGACCUCACUGCCCGACAACCCCGAGCGGUGCAACACGGAGCCGUGUGUGCUGGGCAACCAGGGCUUCGCCACGGGGAGGCACUGCUGGGAGGUGGAGGUGGCCAACGGGGGAGACUGGUGGGCUGUGGGGGUGGCCCAGGAGUCUGUCAGGAGGAAGGGGGUCCUCAGUUUUACCCCCCAGGAGGGAAUCUGGGCUGUGGGGCAGUGGUUUGGACAAUACCACGCUUUCACCGACCCUGACUGGAUCCCCCUGCACCUUGCCUGCCUCCCCAGGGCCAUCCAGGUCUGCCUGGACUUUACAGACAGGCAGGUGGCAUUUGCCGAUGCUGAAAACGAAGCCCCCAUCUUUGCUUUCUGCUUGGCUUCAUGUCCUGGGGAGAGGCUACGCCCAUGGCUCUGGGUGGGGAUGGACUCGUGGCUCCGGCUGUGCCCCUGA